AUGGAUCUUUUUUUCAUCAAGGGUCGUUGGUGGUUGGUUGUGACCGACUAUUACUCACGAUUUCCUGAAAUUGCCCCGUUAAGAAGCACCUCAUCGGAAACAGUGAUCGAACACUGUAAGUCCAUCUUCGCUCGCCACGGUAUUCCUGAUGAGGUAAUCUCUGACAACGGUCCCGAGUUUUCUGGUGCGCAGUCAUCAGCAUUUAAGAACUUUGCCGUCACAUACAAAUUUCGUCACACUACAUCGAGUCCGCGUUACCCCCAGAGUAACGGCCUCGCGGAGGCGGCAGUGAAAAUCAUCAAGAAUUCCUUGCAGAAAACAGAUGAUCCCUAUGAGUCACUCUUAGCAUACCGGACAUCUCCCCUGGCCAACGGUUACAGCCCUUCGGAACUUCUGAUGGGCCGCAAGUUGCGUACUACUAUCCCAAUCUCUCCUGAAGUACUUUUGCCAAAAACGCCGAACUACGAUGACCUGAGGAAGCGGGAGGAGCUGUUAAAGUUCAAACAAGCCACCUGGUACAACACCCGACAUGGUGUUCGACAUCUACCACGAGUCGAAGUUGGAGAUAGGGUAUGGAUAAUAGACCUUAAACGCCAAGGAGUCGUCAAAAGUAAAGCUACAACUCCUAGAUCGUUCUGGGUAGCUACGAGGGGCAAAGAAGUAUGUCGAACGCGGACCCAUCUUGUACCGUAUACGAAAGACACCUCUAACAGUGACGAUGCCCUCUCCGUGACAAGUGAUACUUCAGUUUCUCGCCAAGAAACCCCGAGUUCAGCCACGGGAUUGCCUGAUCCAACGAACCAUACACAGGGACAGCAAGUGAAGCAAGCGACCGUGCCAGUGACUGAGAACCUUGAUGUCAUGUGUUCAGAUGACUCUCACAGGCACACGAAGAGCGGACGAUGUAUUAAGCCGCCUGAUAGAUUUGGGUUCUGA